AGCGCAGCAGCAGCCGAUCUUCCCACUCACGCGACGCGAUAAUCGUCGGGCACGCUUUCUCGUCACACUGCCGAACACAAAGCCGCAGCAGCUUCCGGAAGGAGACCCAGGAUUUCAAUGGCAAGCGAAGAUGCACUGGACAAGAUCCCUCUAAGCAAAAGAUUGGAGAAGAUACAGUCAACUGUCUCCGAUCACAUUCCCCAGUGCAUGCAUUCAGCUCCAGAUCCCAAAAUUCAUGCACAUCAAUCGGAGAAAAGGUUCGCCCAUCAAGAGUUCAUCGAUGGCGAUCGCAUCGGAGAAGAUAUACAAUUGAGGAGGGAAAGGAUGUCUGGCGGCGGCGCAGGAGCUUUUCUCACUCGGUCACUCGAGUCAAUGCUAAAGGAGUGUUCCAGUAAGAAGUAUUCUUCUCUACAGACCGCAAUCCACAAGUGUUUAGUUGUCCUGAAGGCAUCGAGUCAGCAAACCAUACAUGAUGAGAGUAAUUUGGUGGCAUCCAAAGGUUCAGAGCAGAGUAGUUUGCGUGAAACGAAUGCUGGAUCAGAGGGAACAGUUCACUCAAUCCCAACUUCUCCUAGCAAGACUAUCCUGACUGCUUUAGCACAUGCAGGCGAUACAUUAAGUGUUUCUGAGGCAGAACUUGUUCUAAAUCCUCUUCGACUUGCUUUUGAGACAAAAAAUGUAAAAAUUGUGGAGCUUGGUUUGGAUUGUCUUCAUAAACUCAUUGCAUACGAUCAUUUAGAUGGAGAUCUUGGUUUUGAUGGUUUGGGAAACGGGCCACCCUUUUCAGACAUCUUGGGGUUGGUCUGCAGUUGUGUUGAUAAUGUGUUACCGGAUGGUACUACUCUUCAAGUAUUAAAGGUACUUCUUACUGCAGUGGCAUCAACCAAGUUUAGAGUUCAUGGGGAACCACUGCUGGGCGUGAUCAGAGCAUGUUACAGUAUAGCUCUGAAGAGCAAAUCCCCAAUAAACCAAGCCACCUCGAAAUCCAUGUUAACCCAAAUGCUAAGUAUGGUCUUUAAGCGCAUGGAAGCUGAUGGCCUGGCAUGUAAAUAUAAAAUGGAUGCUACAUCAAAUGUUCCCAAGUUAAAGAUUGAGGAUAUGUCAUCUGAUGAUCAUAACAAACAAGAAAGCAUGUUGAGAGAUAAAUGUUCUGCUAACCAAACCAAAGAUGCAUUUGUUGCUUCUCUCGAGGAACUUUAUAGUCUUGUGGAUGGGGUUGAUAUUAAGGGUUUAGAGGAUAUUUUUGAGAAGGCCGUGCAACUCGAAGAAGGGGGAAAACACACAGGAGGGAGAGAUUUAGGAAGCACAAACAUUGGACUACAUGAUGCUUUGAUUCUUUUCCACUCCCUUUGCAAGAUGGCUACGAAAGAGAAGAAUGGCGAACCUAAAACUGAAACAUGCAUUCUGUCACUAGAGCUUUUGCAGGGUCUGCUGGAAGAAGCCACCGGCUCAUUCACACUAUUGCUUGACUCUGUCAAAGCUCACAUCUCCUACACAUUGUUGCAAGCGUCAGUGUCACAGUCUCUUUCCAUAUUUCAGUAUGCAACAAGAAUUUUCUCCAUACUUUUAUUACGAUACAGGCAAAGCCUUAAGGGUGAAAUUGGGGUUCUAUUUCCCUUGAUUGUCUUGCGAACAUUAGGUGAGCAAGACUUGAACUUAAAAACAGAUGUUCUCAGGAUGCUGGAAAAAGUCUGCAAGGACUCACAGAUACUUGUUGACCUAUAUGUGAACUAUGAUUGUGAGCUCAAAGCACCUAACUUGUUUGAACACAUGGUCACAACAUUAUCCAGAAUUGUUCAAGGGGCACAAAAUGCAGAUAUGAACUCAGCUGCUUCGUCCCUCAUAAGCGCAACCAAGAUGUUAUCCCUUCAGUGUCUUGUGACUGUGUUAAGGUCACUUGUUGAAUGGGAGAACUGUCAGCCAGGACCAUUAAUAGUUAAUCAGGGGAAGCAAUCUUUUGAAGAAGGUUUAAGUGGAAAACAUGAUGAUGUUACAUGUAAGGAAACUUUACCAUGUGACUUUGAGAAGAUGAAGGCACAUGAAUCACCUAUAGAAGUUGCAGUCUCUGAAUUUAAUAGGCAAUCCAGUAAGGGGAUAGAAUAUCUGAUAUCAAGUAGGUUGGUGGAGAGAUCACCUGCUUCAGUUGCUCAAUUUCUCAGGAAUACUCCCAAUUUGGAUAAGGCCAUGAUUGGUGAGUACUUGAGUCUGCAUGAGGAGUUUCCACUUGCUGUCAUGCAUGCAUAUGUUGAAUCUAUGAAUUUUUCUGGAGUGAAGUUUGAUAAAGCAAUUAGGGAACUUUUUAGAGGACUGCAACUUCCUGGAGAUUCUCGGAAGAUAGACUGCCUAAUGGAAAAGUUUGCAGAAUGUUACUGUGCGGCCAAUACUGAUAUAUUCAAGCAUGCCGAUACAGCUUAUGCUCUUGCAUAUGCGGUAAUACUGUUGAAUAUCGACGCCCAUAGCCCAAUGGUCUGGCAAAAAAUGUCAAAGGAUGACUUCGUACGCAUGAUUGUCAUGCAAGACGAUGAUGAUUGUGCUCUCAAGGAACUCUUGGAGGAGAUCUAUGAUUCCAUUGUUGUUGAAGAGAUCAAAAUGGAAGAGAGAGGGCAAGUGAUCAAUAUUCUUAAUCUAUCUCCACCAAGAAAAAAGUAUUUGAUGGACUCAAAGGCCAAAAGCAAGGCCAUCAAUGCACACAAACAAUCUAUUAUUAAGAAUCAAGGUGGGAUAAGAAGAGAGCUUUGUACUUCGUACAAUAUUGCGCUAGUGUGCCCUAUGGUUGAAGCUGUAGGAUGGCCUCUGCUUGCUACUCUUGCAGUUACUAUGGAGGAGGGAGAGAAUCAUACAAGGAUCACUCUUUGUAUGGAGGGAUUUAAAGCUGGAAUCCACACAACCCAUGUUCUUGGUUUGGACACCAUGCGUUGUGCCUUCUUGACAUCUUUGAUCAAAUUUAAUAUGUUACAUUCACCAAGGGAUAUGAGAAGUAAGAACAUGGAAGCAUUGCAGACACUGCUGGUUUUAUGUGAUUCUGAUACCAAUGCACUUCAGGAUACAUGGUAUGCAGUGCUUGAGACUGUUUCUCGUCUUGAAUAUGUUGUAUCAUCUUCUUCUCUGGCUGCAAAUAUGAUGCAAGGAUCUAAUCAAAUAUCUCGAGAUUUUCUCAUUCUUUCACUGAGGGAUCUGGCUGGACAACCUGCUGAGCGGGUGUUCAUGAAUAGUGCUAAGUUGCCCAGUGAUUUAGCAGUGGAAUUUGUCACUGCUUUAUGUGAUGUUUCCGUUGAAGAACUAAGAGAGCAACCAGCACGCUUAUUUAGCUUGGAAAAACUCGUUAACAUCAGCUACUGCCACAUGGCUCGUAUAAGAAUGGUUUGGGCAAGAAUAUGGAUUGUGCUGGCAAAUCAUUUAAUUUUUGCUGGAAAUCAUCCUGAUGAAAGAGUAAAUGUGUAUGCAAUGGAUUCUCUCAAGCAGCUUGGCAUAAAGUGUUUGGAGCGCACAGAAAAUAGUUUCAAAUUCCAGAAUGAUAUUUUGCAUCCGUUUGUGACUCUUAUGCGCGACAGCAAAAGUGAAUCCAUGAGGAAACAUACCGUUGAUUGCGUAGUGCAAAUAAUAAAGUCUAAGGCUGCAAGUAUAAAAUCUGGUUGGAAAAGUGUAUUUAUGAUUUUCACAGCUGCUGCGGAGGACGCGAUAGAACCAAUUGUCGAAAUCGCAUUUGAAAACGUAGAACAAGUUAUCGUGGAACACUUUGAUCGGAUUGUUGGAAACUGUUUUGUGGAUUGUGUCAGUUGCUUAGUUGGGUUUGCCAAAAGUAUGUGCUCUCACAGAAUAAGCCUGAAAGCAAUUGCACUCAUUCGUAUUUGUGAGGAUCGCCUGGCUGAGGGCUUCAUAGCAGGUGGUGCUUUGGAAUCAUUUGGUAAUAAUGCAGUUGGAAGUUAUCAUGUCAGAGAGGAUUAUUGGUUCCCAAUACUAGCUGGUCUCUCUGCUCUAACCUCUGAUCCACGGCCCGAGGUUAAAAACUGUGCACUUGAGGUUUUGUUUGAUCUGUUGAAUGAGAGGGGCAGCAAGUUCUCGUCUUUGUUUUGGGAGAGAAUUUUCCACCACGUGUUAUUUCCCAUUUUUUAUCACGCAAAGCAUGACGGAGAAGAGAACCCAGACCUUUGUAGGUAUGAAAGGGUUCGUGAAAAUAGCAUUCACUCACUCCAACUGCUUUGCAACCUUUUCUGCACAUUUUACAAGGUUGUUUCUUUUAUGCUCCCUACACUUCUCAGUUUGCUGUUAGAUUGUGCCAAAAAGGCUGAUCAGCAAGUGGCUUCGGUCUCUUUGGGUGCAUUAGUGCACCUGAUUGAAGUAGGCGGAUAUCAAUUUGGUCUCAGUGACUGGGAUACUUUGUUGCAAAGCAUAAGUGAUGCUUCAUACACAACACAACCUCUUGAGCUGCUCAAUGAUUUUGAGUUCAGAAAGGCCAAUGACCAGACCAUGCCAACUCUAGAUUCGAGUUCCUCUCCAGCUCAUAGUGAUACCAAUAUUUCUGAGAGUACUGGUACUGAUGACUCUGCAAAGGUUCAAAAUGCAUUAGGCAUGCAGGAAGAGAGUCAGGGGAGGAAGCCUAUUGAGGAGGAAGAAAGUGAAGGAAUGCCUUCACCUUCGGGAAGAGCUUUGGAACCUACUUUGUCUGAAGGUUUUCAACAUAGUCAAACAAUUGGUCAGAAAAUUAUGGGAAAUGUGAUGGAAAAUCUAUUUAUCAGAAGUUUUACCUCUAAAUCCAAAAGCAAGAGUGGAGCAUUGGCAUCUCCGCCCAAGAUUUCUGAAAAUCUGAAGCCUGAUGCAAGAGAAGAGAGUGAAAGUUCAGUGUUAGCAACAGUUAGGAACAAAUGCAUUACACAACUGCUGCUUCUUGGUGCCAUUGAUAAUAUUCAGAAGAAGUAUUGGAACAAGUUGAAGACAGCACAGAAAACCUUUCUAAUGGACAUUUUAUUAUCUCUGGUAGAGUUUGCAGCAUCAUAUAAUUCAUAUUCAAGUCUCAGAUUACGCACACAACAACUCGAUGCCAACAGGCCUCCCUUGAAUAUCAUCCGCCAGGAGUUAGUAGGAACUUCCAUAUAUCUUGACGUGUUACAUAAGGCAACUGCAGAAAUAAAUGCUGUAAAAGAUGAAACACAGGAGACCUGUAAAUCUCAGGAUGCAGAUCUUUUGGCGAGGAGCGAUGAAACGUCAACGAUGGAAGUUGAAGAAGAUAAGCUCCAAGGAGUCGCAGAACAGAAGCUAGUGUUAUUUUGUGGAAAAAUUCUGAGGGAGGCGUCUGAGUUCCAAUCCAGCACAGGGGAUGUGCCUAGCACAGAUGUUCAUCAAGUUCUUGAAUUGCGUUCUCCCAUCACUGUCAUGGUGCUGAAAGGCAUGUCCCAUAUGAACACCCGAGUUUUCAGGAGUCAUCUCAAAGAGUUUUAUCCUCUGAUUACACAACUGAUGUGCUGUGACCAGAAGGAUGUACGUGGAGCCCUUGCGGAUCUAUUAAGCGUGCAGAUCAAAACAUUGUUGCUCUGAUCGAUAGGCUACAUUGCACGCAGGUAUCCACUCCAAAGCAUCGGAGUGCUAGACGAUUGAAGGAAUUACAAGUAAUAUGCACUUCACAUUAUUCAUACUUCUCUCUAUUAAAUCAAUCUAAUUCAAACCGAGUUUUUUUUUUUGUAAUCUCCUGCCCGAUAAAUGGAGAUAUAUAGAGAUCGGUUCAGGUAAAUUUGUGUUCAUUUACACACAUACUGCGCGCAUGUGAUGCACCGAACUAAUUGUGACCUUUUGAACACAAUUAAGUUGAAAACUGAUUUAAUGAAUCUUCAUACAUAUU